CUACCCCGUCCCCCGCCCAAAAUCGUACCCAACUCCUCCCCGAACCCCCAAGGAAGAGGCCCCCUUGUCUCCGUCCCUCCCCGCACCCCUCCUCUCCCUCAUUUGCCCUUCUCCUUCCCGCAAUAUCACCAUCCCUGCCACUGGCACCCCCAUUUAAUUCCCUUGUUUUCGUGCUCUUGAAAAUCAAGAAGGAAAAAUGGCUUUGAGCUGUGGCCUGAGCUCAAUUAAUGCAUCCCUGACCUCGUUGGGUAUGAAGCCGCAGCGCCCUGAAGUGUGCCGCCUGCGUUCGAGAUGGAGAUCUCCAAACGCAGCUGUUACUCAAGACUUUCACCUUCCCAUGCACAGUUUUGAAAUUAAAAACAGGACAUCAGUGGAUGACAUAAAAUGUCUCAGAUUAAUCACAGCCAUCAAGACCCCAUACCUACCCGAUGGAAGAUUUGACCUUGAAGCUUAUGAUGCUCUAAUGAAUAUGCAAAUUGCUAAUGGCGCUGAAGGGGUGAUAGUAGGAGGCACAACCGGUGAAGGCCAACUAAUGACUUGGGAUGAACACAUUAUGCUCAUUGGUCACACUGUCAACUGUUUCGGCACAAAAAUCAAAGUUAUAGGGAACGUCGGAAGCAACUCUACAAGAGAAGCAAUCCACGCGACUGAACAGGGUUUCGCUGUUGGUAUGCAUGCAGCCCUUCAUAUAAACCCUUAUUAUGGCAAGACCUCAAUGCAAGGCCUUUUCUUGCAUUUUCAAAGUGUUCUUUCUAUGGGUCCCACAAUCAUAUACAAUGUGCCCUCAAGAACUGGACAGGACAUUCCUCCUUCGGUAAUACAAGAAAUUAUGCCAAACCCUAACUUUGCAGGUGUUAAAGAAUGCAUGGGAAAUGAGAGGAUUAAAGGGUACGCCGAUAAAGGGAUUAUGAUUUGGAGUGGGAAUGACGAUCAAUGUCAUGAUUCUAGAUGGGGAUUUGGGGCGGCUGGUGUUAUAUCGGUUGCUAGUAAUCUCGUGCCAGGCUUGAUGCAUUCUCUAAUGUUUGGAGGGUUGAAUCCUUCGCUUAAUUCAAAGCUGAUGCCGCUGUUUGAAUGGUUGUUUCGCGAGCCAAAUCCAAUUGGACUCAACACUGCUUUAGCUCAGUUAGGAGUUGUGAGACCCAUUUUCAGGUUGCCUUAUUUUCCUCUGCCUCUUGAAAGUAGAGAGGAGUUUGUGAGAAUUGUGAAGGAUAUUGGGAGAGAGCAUUUUGUGGGAGAAAAGGAUGUGCGGGUUCUUGAGGAUGAUGAAUUUAGCCUGCUGAGCCGUUACUAGCUCAUAAACUAUGGUUGAGUAUAGUUGACUCGGGAUUAGCAUUUAUGUUGAGCAUGAUAAAGGUGGGUAAAUUGCAAAAAGGUCUCUGAGAUAAACAGUAUCUAUGUUUGUCGUUGAAGCUUCAAAUUCUCGCAAAAACUUAUUUUGAACUUUGUGAUAGUAAACUAGUAUUUAUUAAUUGGCUUCUGUUUCAAUUCAUGCUGGAACGUA